UCUCGUAUCAUAUUAUCCAUGUCAGUGCAACUUAGCAAGCCGAAAGCAAACGAUGCCUAGCGUAAUUGUAAUAUUCUCAACAAUUAUUUUAAAUAUCUGUGAACCUCAAAUUUGUUUUGAGGCACAAAGUAAGUCCUACAUAAGCAAUGGCUUAAAUGAGUUAAUAAUAGAAAGCUGCGAAGCAAAUGUGGAUCAAGAUAUAUUUACAGCCAAUAGCUACUGCUAUCAGGUACCAUCUUCGCAGGAGGCUUCUGGACUUUCUCAAGAAUCCGGCUGCAAUGUGAACAAUGUGCAAGAAACAUACAAUGAAAGUGAAAGCGGGGAAAUAACAGAAGAGAAAAAGAAAGACGAAUACGCUGAUUUUCUGCUCUUGAUAUUAUUGGCAUUUCUUAUCGGUGCUGCUUGCGAAAAAGAAAGUGCACACAAAAGAUAUAGGCGAGUUUAUAAAAGAACUCGUUACAAUAAAUAUACAUACAUGUAAAUUAAUAAAUGAGAAGAAGUUGACAGGCAAGGAUAUAAGAGCUUAGAGAACUCAGCUGACGAUGUUAACCGAAAUUUGUUUCUUCCAAAUUUUAUGUAUUUUUAUUGUAAUAAAGCGAUACUGAAAUUCAGAAGUCAA